CGACUUUACUCUAGUAUGCAGUGUAAAAGAACGAAAUUCUGUGCAACUUUCCUCACUUUCACUCGCAUUUCUAACGGUCUGUCACAGCGUGAGGGUUCACAGUGAACCCGGGGGAGGAUAUACAAGUGAAGAUUGAGCUGCUCAAAUAUAUCAACCAACUUGUGGAUCGGAUCGGACCGGACCGGCCCGGGAGAGAGGAUGGCGUCCGACUCGCCGUCUUCCUCCUCUAAGGGGAUCAUGACGUUUUACCCGACGAUGGAGGAGUUUAAGAGCUUCAGCCGCUACAUCGCGUAUAUGGAGUCUCAGGGAGCGCACAGAGCCGGCCUGGCCAAGGUCGUCCCUCCGAAGCAGUGGAAGCCCAGACGCUCGUACGACGACAUCGACGACCUGUUGAUCCCGGCGCCGAUCCAGCAGGUGGUGACGGGUCAGUCCGGGCUCUUCACACAGUACAACAUCCAGAAGAAACCCAUGACCGUGAAGGAGUUCCGCAAAACAGCCAACAGCGACAAGUUCUGCAGCCCUCGCUACGACGACUUUGAAGAGCUCGAAAGGAAGUACUGGAAAAACGUCACCUUCAACCCUCCCAUCUACGGAGCCGACGUGAACGGGACGCUCUACGACCCCGAUGUAGAAGAGUGGAACGUGGGCCGUUUGAACACCAUCCUGGACACGGUGGAGCACGAGAGCGGCAUCACCAUCGAGGGGGUGAACACGCCCUACCUGUACUUUGGCAUGUGGAAGACCACGUUCGCUUGGCACACAGAGGACAUGGACCUCUACAGCAUUAAUUACCUUCACUUCGGGGAACCAAAGUCAUGGUAUUCUGUGCCUCCGGAGCACGGGAAGAGACUGGAGCGUCUAGCUAAAGGAUUUUUUCCCGGAAGUUCUCAAAACUGCGAAGCUUUUCUCAGACACAAGAUGACUCUGAUCUCUCCGUCCAUUUUGAAGAAAUACGGCAUCCCUUUCGAAAAGGUCACUCAGGAAGCUGGAGAGUUUAUGGUGACGUUCCCAUACGGCUACCACGCCGGAUUCAAUCACGGGUUUAACUGCGCCGAGUCGACCAACUUCGCCACGCAGCGAUGGAUCGAUUACGGAAAGCAGGCCAUUCUGUGUUCGUGUCGGAAGGACAUGGUGAAGAUCUCCAUGGACGUGUUCGUGAGGAAGUUCCAGCCCGAGCGCUACGAGUUGUGGCUGGCGGGGAAAGACAACGCUCCCAUCGAUCACACCAAACCCACUCCAGAGGCGGCGGAGUUCCUGGGAGGCAAGAAAGGAAACUUCGGCCAUCGACAGCCGUGUACGCAGAACCAGAGCAACGACUCGUCUAAAAAAAGUGUGGCCAAACAGAGAAUCGGUACUAAGAGGCACCGUGUGUGUUUGGAGGUACCGGAUGACGUUCUGCCAAAGAGCGAAGCACCGCACGACGACUCCGAGUACGGGAAGAAGGGACGCCUGUCUCCACGGGCCGAGCCGAGCCGGGACAAUACCGAGUGCAGCAGUCAGUCGAGCGUAAAAUCCGACAGCAGGAAGUGGCUGAAGCUCGGAGAUCGUUCGGAGAGCGCGGUCUGUGUUAAAUCGGAGAACGCCGCGGUGACCUCCGAGUGUCCUCAGGCCCCGAGGAAAAGCCAUCUGUCCAUCGCCACCGUCCCCAUGGCCUCUCACUGUCUGUCCGCCCUACCCUGGUCCUCCACCAAGCCCGGGGUGGCCAGCCUGCUCUUCCACAGGACCCUGAGCCCCUCCGACGCCUUGCAGGUCCACACGUACGCCGCCAAAGCCACGAUCCGUAAACCUCAACAUCCCCGGGUCCAGGACUUCAGGAAUUCGGAAUCCGAGUCGGAGUCAGAACCCACACCCAAGCUAGAACCCACACCCGAGCUGAAACGCAGCGCUAGCUCUCCGGAACGCAGCGCGGGCUCUCCGGAACACAGCGCGGGCUCUCCGGAACGCAGCGCGGGCUCUCCGGAACACAGCGCGGACACGCACGAGGUGAGGAACGCAGCGCAGACACGCGUGCAGUGAGGAACCCAGCCACCCCAAAAAGUUAGAGCUAGUAGGAAUGGGUGAUAUUAGGAUAUACCCUCAAUAUCAUCAUAAAUUAUCUCUCUAUACUAUAAUAUUUUAAAUAUUUAUUUAUUAUAUUUAUUAAAUCAAUAAAUUGUAUUAAAACCUGA